AUGCGCUUCACAAAUAUUAGGAUGGGUGGUGGUAUUGGGCAGGAGUUGGGUAAAUUCACAAAGGCAUAUGGCUUCUAUAGAAUUGCUUUGGCACCAAAUGAGCAAAAAGCUUGGAAGGGAUUCUUCAUUGGGUGUUGGAAGCCAAUAAGAGAGCAUGGCCGUUAUUGGUGGACGUGGGCUUUGCCAGGAACUAUUUAUUACUUAGUUUAUGCUAACGCCAAAGAAGCACAUGAGAAAUGGCGACGUGAAAAGCACCAUUAA